AUGUCAGUUCCUAAGCCGUAUGCCUCACUUGGAGCCCCAACAGUGCGGUGUCAAAAAUGUCAAGCUGUUAUGUGGAAGGAGGAGCGAUCCAAUAAGGACAACAUUCAUGGGAUUCCAAAGUUUAGUUUGUGUUGUGGAGAUGGGAAGAUUAAACUCCCACCUGCUCCUAGGACCCCAUCUUACCUUUGGCAGCUUUACAAUGACCCGAAGAAAGGCCCUAUGUUUCAACAGUGUUCAAGAGUUUAUAACAGUAUGUUUGCUUUUACUUCGACGGGUGGUUAUGUCGACAAUUCAAUCAAUAAUGGUGGAUCACCUUAUAUUUAUCGUUUAAAUGGUCAAAACCACCAUUUGUUUGGUUCGUUGGUGCCUAAUGAUGGGCAACCUCCUAAAUUUUGUCAGUUAUACAUGUAUGAUACUGUUAAUGAGGUUUCCAACCGUCUGAGAUGGGUUGAUGUUGGUGAAUCGAAUAAGAUAUCUGAGGAAAUUGUUGCUGGCUUAGUUUCUAUGUUGGAUGAGACAAACUGUUUGGUUCGAGAGUUUCGUACUGCUCGUGAACGUUAUGAUGACAGUGAGAUUGUGGACAUGCACAUGUUUCUCAAACUAUGUCGGUCUGCCAGUGGUCGUGAGAAUAAUAUGGGUCCAUCAAAUGAAGUAGCUGGAAUAAUGGUUGGUAAUGAGGAAGAUACCGAGGAGAAUCGAGAUUUUGUAGUAGAUAGUAAGUUUGGUGGACUACAAAGAAUUACCAACAUCAAUCCUAAACUUAUGGCGCUACAAUAUACUAUUUUGUUCCCUGCUGGAGAGGAUGGUUAUCACACGGAAUUGUAUUAUGAGAAAACGCCUGGUUCCAAGUCCCAGACCUGGACUAAGUUGACGCUCAUGGAUUACUACCGUUAUCGCCUGCAAAUUCGUUUAAAUGAGGGAAUGACACCUCGGUUGGGCGGUCGUUUGUUCCAGCAAUACGUUGUUGAUUCUUUUUCUAUUAUUGAGCAAGCUCGACUUUGGUGGUUUAAAACUCAUCAGACUACUCUGGGGAAUGAGUUAUAUAGUCACAUAUGCGAUUCUAUCAGGGCCGGUGACACUGAUGCAUCUUCAAUUGGAAAGAGUUUCAUUCUGCCUGCUGGAUAUGUAGGUUCGAAGAGGUACAUGCAACAGAACUUUCAAGAUGCCCUGGCCACGUGUAGACAUAUUGGGCAUCCUGAUAUAUUCCUUACCAUGACAACCAAUCCAAUGUGGCCCAAAAUUCUUGAGAUGAUGAAGAUUAUACCCUUUGGAACCCCUGUGGAUAAUCCAGAUAUAAUUGCUCGGGUGUUUAAAUUGAAACUCUCUCAACUGUUGGAUGAUAUUCGCAAGAACAAGUUCUUCGGCGAAUGUGUUGCAGUGGAAUUCCAGAAGCGUGGGCUUCCUCACGUGCAUAUGUUGAUUUGGCUCGAUGCUGAUUCGAAGUUGAAAUUGAAGUCUAACGUUGACAAAUUUGUGUCUGCUGAGAUACCUGAUCCCAAAACUGAUCUAGAUGGGUACGAAGCAGUCAAAGAGUUUAUGAUGCAUGGACCUUGUGGGCGUGAGUUUCCCAAGUCGCCGUGUAUGAAAAAUUUCAAGUGCUCACGUCAUUUUCCUAAGAAGUACUGUCCAAAGACCAACUUUGAUGAUUCAGGUUUUCCUAUUUACCAGAGGAGGAAUACUGGGAUUACAGUUGAUGUCCGGAAAGCCACUUUAGAUAAUCAAUGGGUUGUGCCUUAUAACCGGGACUUAUUGGUGAAAUACCAAUGUCACAUAAAUAUCGAGAUAUGUUGUCACGCACGCAGUGUAAAGUACUUAUUCAAGUACUGUUUGAAAGGAAGUGACAAUGCCACUGUGCAGAUCAGUGGGCGGAAGAAAAAGAUAGCAUCUUUUGAUCCUGAGGUAGUAGAUGAAAUCCAGAGUUAUUUUGAUGGCAGAUAUAUUUGUGGGUCUGAGGCUUCUUUCCGGACAUUUGGUUUUGAUAUACAUCAUAGAUCAAUAUCUGUGGUACGAUUAUCUUUUCACCUUCCUGGUGAAAAGAAUUGUGUAUUUAAACCAUCUGAUUCGUUGAAGAAGGUUGCUGGACGGGAAAAAAAUCGACACAGUCAGUUAGAGGCGUUCUUCUUCCUCAACUCCACUGAUUGUACUGCUAAUCAAUAUACGUACGAUCAAAUUCCUAUGCAUUAUGUGUGGAACGUCUCUGAUCAUGCUUGGACUGUUAGGAAGAAAGGAUAUCAGAUUGGUCGUCUCACUUAUACACCUCACAGUGCUUGUGAAGUUUGGUAUUUGCGUUUAUUGCUGUCUCGUGUGAAAGGUCCGAAAUCAUUUAAGUGCUUGAGAAUUGUGAAUGGCGUUGUAUACCCUACGUUUCAAGAGGCAUGUAGAGAACUUGGAUAUCUUAAUGAUGACGACGAGUGGCAUGAGCUUCUCAAAGAAGCUGCUAAAGGUGGUUUUCCUCCUCAAAUACGUCAGCUCUUUGUUCAUGUCAUUGUUAACUGUCAGGUCUCUGAUGUGAACCAUCUUUGGGCUUCCAAUCAUCAAUACAUGACUGAUGACAUUCUCAUGCAAAGGAGAAAAAAUUCAGGGCAGCAUGAACUGGUGUUGUCUGAAGAAGAUGUUAUUAACUAUGCGCUUGCUGACAUAAAUCAGAUUUUGAAGUCUCUGGGAAAGUCUCUUAAAGAUUUUCCAUCUAUGCCGCAGCCUCCUUCCCAUUUUAUUAAUUGUGAGAAGAAUAAUCUGUCGGUUGAACAAAAAGAAGGGAAGAUAUUUUUCGUCUAUGGUAGCGGUGGCUGCGGAAAGACAUUUCUUUGGCGGACAUUGAUAUCUAAGUUGAGAUCUCAAGGGGAUAUUGUGUUGCCUGUGGCUUCUUCUGGAAUAGCUGCCACGUUGCUUCCUGGUGGUCGAACAGCUCAUUCUAGGUUUAAGAUUCCCAUAAUUCUCGACGACUACUCAAUUUGCAACAUUGCACAUGAUUCUGAUAUUGCCGAACUCAUAAAGGAAACAAAGCUUAUAAUAUGGGACGAGGCUCCGAUGCAACAUCGUUAUUCGUUUGAGUGUUUGGACCGUACCUUGUGUGACAUUAUGAAAGGUGUUGAUAUGAAGUAUUUCCAUCUGCCAUUUGGAGGGAUUAUUGUUAUAUUUGGUGGUGAUUUCCGGCAGAUAUUACCUGUGAUACCCCUUGGUUCCCGUGCUGACAUUGUUUCCGCAUCUAUAACCAGGUCAAGGAUUUGGUCUUUAUGCACGAUAUUUACUCUAGAUCAGAACAUGCGUCUAAACAAUCCAAUUUCUGAACUUGAAAGGGAAGAAAUGAAAGAGUUUGCGGAGUGGGUACUCUCGGUGGGUGAUGGUUGUUAUGUUUCUCCUGGAGACACCUUAGACCCUAAAAAUGAAUAUGAGGUCGUGCUUCUUGCUGAUUUAUGUGAUGUCAAUGGCUCCAAUUCUCUAGACAAAAUGUUUUCUGCCAUUUAUCCGGAAUUUGCCAGUAAAUUCAAAGAUCCAACCUAUAUUAGAGAACGCGCCAUUCUCACUCCAAUGAAUGAGACCGUGACAUAUUUGAACUCUCUUAUUGUUGACAAAGUUCCCGGGGAUUCCACUUCUUAUUUCAGCUUUGAUUCUGCCGAAGAGUUUGCUGGCACCGAUUCUGAUUUAAGUUUGAGUUUUCCAGCUGAAUAUUUAAACUCUCUCCAUACUCCUGGAUUACCUCUUCAUGAAUUGAAGCUUAAAGAGGGUGUCAUUGUAAUGUUGAUGCGCAAUUUAAACCAAACUCUUGGUUUAUGCAACGGGACUCGGUUGAUUAUUACUAAAUGUCUUAAGCAUUGUGUUGAAUGCGAGGUGAUAUCCGGUUCAUACAUUGGGACAAAGCACUAUAUCCCCAGAAUUAACUGUUGUCCUUCUGAUUCUCGCCUUCCAUUCAAGCUUAUACGUAAACAAAUGCCUCUACAAAUUUGUUAUGUUAUUACAAUCAACAAAGCACAAGGACAGUCUUUAGAGCAUGUUGGUUUGUACUUGCCUGAGCCAGUGUUCACGCAUGGCCAACUUUAUGUUGCUGUAAGUCGAGUUACCAGUCGUCGUGGUCUUAAAAUAUUCAUUGAUGACAGGAAUGGGAACAGCACACGUGUGACGGACAACGUAGUGUUUAAGGAGGUUUUCUACAAUAUACCAGUGAAGUAA